GCUGCGAUGCCGGAUCCGGCGGCGGGGGACGAGCCGGCGCAGCUCCCGGGGGCGCUCUCGCGGAGCAGCUCCGCCAGCCGGCUCAACGCGCAGGCGCCGGAGUUCGUGCCGCGCCCGCCCGCGCCGUUGCCCGCGCCGCUGCCCGUGCAGCCGCCCGCCGUGAUCCACGUCUUCGCCGGCCCGCCCCCGCCGCCGCCCGCCUCCUUCUUCGUCGCCGGCCCGCCCCCACCUCGUCCCCCGCCGCCCUUCGAGUACUACGCUGCUGCUGGCGGAGCUGCCGCGGGGUUCGGUGCCGUGCUGGAGCACGAGGCGGGGCUCGAGCAGCCGCUGCCGCUGCAGCCGCCGCCAGCCCAGCCGCAGCAGCAGGGGAGGGAGCUCAACCCGGACGACUUGCUGCACAAGAUUACCAAGCAGGUGGAGUAUUACUUCAGCGAUAUAAAUCUGGCCACUACAGAACAUCUGAUGAGGUUUAUUACUAAGGAUCCUGAAGGAUAUGUACCGAUGUCAGUUGUUGCUUCCUUCAAGAAAAUUAAGUCUUUGCUGCAAAGUAAUUCAAUGCUUGCUUCAGCUCUUCGGACUUCAUCAAAGCUUGUCGUUAGUGAAGAUGGAAACAGAGUAAAGCGUGAACAACCAUUUACAGAAUCAGAUUUAGAAGAACUCCAGGCUCGAAUCGUUGUUGCAGAAAAUCUUCCAGAUGAUCAUUGUUACCAGAACCUUAUGAAGAUUUUCUCAUCUGUUGGCAGUGUAAGGACAAUCCGAACAUGCUAUCCUCAGACCCCAAAUGGCACUGGUCCAGUUACUAAUCGAUCUGCUAAACUAGAUAUGCUUUUCGCCAACAAGCUGCACGCUUUUGUUGAGUAUGAUACUAUUGAGGAUGCUGAGAAAGCGACUCUGGUGCUUAAUGAUGAGAGGAACUGGAGAAGCGGGCUCAGAGUUCGGUUGUUGAAUUCUUGCAUGGCUAAGGGAGGCAAAGGUAGAAAAGGUGGGCAUGAAACUGAUGCACAUGGUGAUGAGGAUGUUUCCACUUCUGAUCAACCAAAUGAUAAACAUUUAGAAGAAACAUCUCAACCUUCAGAUGCACUAGGAGAGCAUGUUUCCGAGGAGAGCACUGGAGAUACGGGCCGAGGGCGUGGCAGAGGCCGUGGACGUGGAGGUAGAGGCCGAGGGCGUGGCUACAAUAACCAUAACAACCAAUACCACAACAACAACCAUCCGCAGCACCAUCAUCAAAACAGCAACAAUCAAGGUAACAACCGGGGUGGUGGCCAUCCUAUUGGAACCCCGCCUUCCAGCCACCCAGUCAAGACUGAGCAGCAGCAGACACAGUCACCGCCUCCGGCAGGAGCUAACAAACAGCAACCAGGGCCACGAAUGCCAGAUGGCACUCGGGGGUUCUCAAUGGGCAGAGGGAAGCCACAAGCAUUGACACCCAGCCUGUCCACGUAAACACUGGAACUCGAUUCACACCACGAGACACAGCCUGUCAACGUAAACACUGGAACUCGAUUCACACCACGAGACACAGCUUGUGCUGAUUGUCAUGUUGAUAGAGAGACGGUGAGAGACUGUCUUUUAGAAGUCUUGUCUUCGAAGUGUGCUUUCUAAUUUACAGACCAUAUACAGUUUUGCGUGUGCUGUGUGUACUUUAAAACCAGUAGCGCCCUGGUUUCUGAGUGAUUAUGACCAGCAUUUUGUAACCUUAUUUAUUUGCCCCUUUUUGCCUCUUGACUGUAAUGUUGUACAAGUAGAAGUGAAAGCUCAUUUGGGCACAGCAAAAGUAAAGAAAAUAAAUGGAACAUGAUGAAGUAUGGUGA